UUCUAAAGAAGCCACAUGGCCCAACCCCAUCUUGCCGGCCCGUACUUCCCUCCUCCGUUCCCUUUAAAAUCUCAACUCCCUCUCCGCACCCUCAUUCCAAAACCCCAGUUGUCCAAUCCACUCCCGGCCACCAUUCUUUCCGCCACCGCCAUGGAGCCAGUUGUGGAAGAUCUAACCGAUGAUCUAGAUAAUCUUAGUUUAGCUUCCACCACCACCACCACCACUGCUGCCGAGACACGACACAGCACAGGUUCAGGGUCCGAAACCACAUGGACUACCUCAACCUCGAGCCUCGUGUCAAACUCCUGCAAGCCCCAUCAUCCGCCUCAAUGUGAUCAGUGUUGGCAUGCAAUCCAACGUGACAACUGCGAUAACUCACCCCUAACCCUAGCUGAUUUACGCUUUGUCCACAAAUUAGGAAGUGGUGACAUAGGGAGUGUGUAUCUUGUAGAGCUCAAGGAAGGCAACGGGUGCCUUUUUGCUGCCAAAGUCAUGGACAAAAAAGAAAUGGCCACUAGGAAUAAAGAUAGUAGGGCUAGAAUUGAGAGGGAAAUAUUAGAAAUGUUGGAGCAUCCAUUUUUGCCUACAUUGUAUGCCACAUUGGACUCGCCCAGGCGGUCUUGUUUGUUAACGGAGUUUUGUCCUGGCGGUGACCUCCAUGUCCUCCGGCAACAGCAACCUGAGAGACGUUUCGGCGAAGCUGCCAUCCGGUUCUAUGCGUCAGAGGUUGUGGCUGCUCUUGAAUACUUGCACAUGAUGGGAAUAGUCUACCGUGACCUCAAGCCUGAAAAUGUUCUUGUAAGAUCAGACGGUCACAUAAUGCUUACAGAUUUUGAUCUCUCCUUGAAGGACGAUAACUCACCGUCAACAGCUCAGAUUAUCUCCGAUCAAAACCAGCCAACCACAGCUUCAUCAACAAGAGACUACCCUUCUGAUACAUCUCAAUUUGCCACAUCAUCAUGUAUUCUACCCAGUUGUAUUGUGCCAGCUGUCUCUUGCUUCCACCAUAGGAGAAAACGCAAGAAGAAACUCCAUCAACGCGGGACCCUCGAGAUAGUAGCAGAGCCAAUAGACGUCCGAUCCAUGUCGUUUGUUGGGACCCAUGAGUACUUGGCACCGGAGAUUGUGUCCGGCGAGGGACACGGCAACGCAGUGGAUUGGUGGACCUUAGGCAUAUUCAUGUUUGAAAUGUUCUACGGCGUUACACCAUUCAAAGGGAUGGACCAUGAGUUAACCCUAGCAAACAUUGUGGCUCGAGCCCUUGAAUUCCCCAAGGAACCCUCAAUUCCAGUCCUCGCGAAGGACUUGAUCACCCAACUUCUCAUCAAAGAUCCCGUAAGACGACUGGGUUCUACCAUGGGAGCUACAGCCAUCAAACACCAUCAGUUUUUUGACGGGAUAAACUGGGCACUGCUAAGGUGUAGAACACCACCUUAUAUUCCUCGACCGGUCACUUAUAAAAACCUUGUUGUGGCAGAACAUGGGAAUAAUUCUAUAGAGUAUUAUUAGCAAGAAGAAGAAACAUUCUUUAUUUUUUUCUUCUUUUAAUUCCAUUUCUUGGGAGAAGUGAGAAAUCAAAUUUAAUGAAACUAAUUCUUAGGUCUCCUACAGAUGUAAUUGUUGUUCAGAUUGUUUGCAUGUAAGCUUUUGAAGAAAGCAUGGCGCCUUGGAUACCACAUUUCCCACUCGA